AUGCCUCGGGGGGAGAGCUUUGACAACAUCCAUCUUGACAUUUCUAAGGAACCCGGAAAAUGCAGACUGGCUGAAAGUGGUCUGGGCUGGCGCCCUUCGGGUGGCGGUGAUACUUUCACAUUGGAUAGCAGCAACAUCACUGGUGCCCAGUGGAGUCGAGCCUCUAAAGGGUUUGAGUUGAAGAUUCUGUCGCGUUCGGCGGGUGUGAUUCAGCUUGAUGGGUUUGAAACAGAGGACCUCGAGCGAUUGACCAAAGCCUUCAAACUCUGGUACGGCAUCAACGUUGAGACCCGCGAGCACGCUUUGCGAGGAUGGAACUGGGGAAAGGCAGAAUUCACCAAGGCAGAGCUAGCUUUCAACGUCCAGAACCGACCUGCCUUUGACAUUCCGUACUCGGAAAUCUCCAACACCAACUUGGCAGGAAAGAAUGAAGUGGCGGUGGAGUUUGCUACUGGCGGAGACUCCAAGGGACAACCUGCAGGGAGCACUAAGAACCGGGGUCGGAAAGCCGCUGCGGGUCGCGAUGAGUUGGUUGAGAUGCGAUUUUACAUUCCUGGUACUACUGCUAAGGAGAAGACCGAUGAUGCCGACGGCGAAGAUGACAACGAGGAGGAAGUGGCUGAGCAGAACGCUGCCAACUUGUUUUAUGAGACACUUAUGACUCGGGCCGAAAUUGGAGAUGUGGCCGGCGAUACCUUUGCUACCUUCCUCGAUAUUCUUCACCUUACUCCCAGAGGUCGUUUCGAUAUCGAUAUGUACGAAUCAUCCUUCCGUCUUCGUGGAAAAACCUACGACUACAAGAUUCAAUAUUCCGCUAUCAAAAAGUUCUUCUUGCUCCCUAAGAAUGACGAUACCCAUACCCUCAUUGUACUGGGUCUGGACCCUCCUCUGCGCCAGGGUCAGACCCGAUACCCAUUCUUGGUUAUGCAGUUGAAGCUGGACGAGGAGAUCAGUCUUGAGCUCAAUAUGACAGAGGAUUUGUUGACUACCCAGUAUAAGGACAAGCUGCAACCACACUACGAGGAGCCGAUCCACCAGGUGGUGACCAAGAUUUUCCGUGGACUUUCCGGUAAGAAGGUAAUCAUGCCGUCUAAGGACUUUGUGAGUCACCACGGUCAUCACGGUGUCAAGUGUUCCAUCAAGGCCAGCGAGGGUCUGCUCUAUUUCCUUGACAAGAGUCUCAUCUUCGUUCCGAAGCCUGCCACCUACAUCCAAAUGGAGAACGUUGCGGUGGUCACAAUGUCGCGUGUUGGAGGUGCCGUCUCGGCCAGCCGGACAUUUGAUAUUACUGUCACCUUGAAGGGGGGCAGUGGUGAGCACCAAUUCAGCAACAUUAACCGUGAGGAGCAAAAACCCCUUGAGGACUUCUUCAAGACCAAGGGUAUCCGUAUUAAGAAUGAGAUGUCUGAUGACACAUCCGGCAUCCUGAAGGCUGCGCUUGAUAAUGAUGUUCUGAUGGAAUCGAGCGACGAUGAGGCUGUACGAGCUGACCGCGGCUCUGCGGAUGAAGACGACGAGUCACCGGAUGAGGACUUUAACGCAUCCUCUGACUCUGAUCCUGCAGAGGAAUAUGACGAGGACCAUGAGAGUAGUGGCAGUGAUAGUGAUGCUGAGAUGGCUGAUGCCGACGACGCUGACGACGGCAAAUCGGACGGAGGAGAUUCUCGACCAGUGAAGAAGACCAAGGUCAGCAAAUAG